AUGUUUCGGCGCAACGGGAAACCCACGUCCUGUGAACCUUGCCGGUUAUCUAAAGUCCGAUGCGACCAUGUUACUCCGGUCUGCGGACGCUGCAAGUCGCGCGCCAACCCAAGUCAGUGUUAUUAUCACCCAGCCCCUCUAACCAAAUCGCCUGGUCAGGUUGGGCGUCCUAGGCCGACACCUAGGCCGACACGUAAACGAGGGGUCUGUCCGGUUGCCCAUACACCUAAAACUCCAUUACAGAGUUCACAACGAAAUGAGGGACCACUGCUGUCUGCACGUUCAGUUUCGAACACGACCUCAGGCUGUCCCGCGGGGUUUCUAGGCUCAACAAGCUAUAUCUCCGUGUUCAGAGAGACAACGAGAGUGCCAAGAGCAUCCGACCGUUCUUUACAUGCGGAAUUCGAACAUUGGCGUACUGAUCCUCAAUUUGCGUCCGCUCGUUUGAUUCAUCUUAUCACAGCAAUGCCAUUUUAUCAAGAACAGAUUCAAUGGUACUAUGGCAAGGGCCGUUUUACUGUCAUUCCUGCGCCAACUGUCUUGGAAUCCCUAGCUCAAACAGUGGCAUAUAUGGAAAGCCAUUCAUGGGAUAUUACCGACUGGGCAUCUAUCUACAAUGCAUUAUUGGCUGAAACCGAAGCCCCCCUGAAUACGUACCCAACUAUGUCACUCCGCGACUUUUGUUCAUCUUUUACAGGAGCGAAGUUACGACUGGAGUUUAUAGGCUUUGUCUUUGCAAUGGCAGGAAUCAGCGUGCACGGUCGAUACCCUAGUCGACAAGAACUAGAUUUGGGCAAUGGCGAGAAAACGGACACAGAAAGCUUUCUCAAGGAAAUGGUUCUGGCAUGUCAUGCCUGUAUUGAAGCUUCAAAGCACAAAACUCAUGUCAAUGACCUCACAAUAUGGAUGCGAUACAUGCAUGUGAUCUUGGGCACGGAAGUUCUAGGAGAGACAAGUAUGUCACCUACACAGCAAGGCAAGUCUCUUUUCGGCGACUUAACGUCGUGCAUUUAUGCAAUGGGACUGCAUCAACAACAUUCUCUUGCUGAUGUACCGUUCUUUUUGGCCGAGACACGCAAGCGCAUGUUGGCUGUGAGUCAUCGGACAGAUAAGAAUCUGGCAACUCUUCUAGGUCGCCCACCACGCCUACCCCAUAGGUAUUGUAAUGUGACAUGGCCGUUAGACCUACCAGAUGAUGAUCUGUUUCACGAUAAGAUCAAUUUGGAUUCUAUUCUCUUGAGAUUGGAUGAGAAUGGUUGGAAUACCGAGGGUAAAUUCUAUCCUGCAACAUUGAUCCGCAUACGUGAUAUUACGUCCAAUCUACGGGAGCGUGUGCUGGAGUUAUCGCUUGGCCAUUCGGAGCAGCGCGAUCAUGCGAAUAACCUUUCAGAAACAUAUAAAUCCUGCGAAAAGAUUUUCGAUAGCAUCCCCUCACGAUACAUCUAUACCCCGGAAUGCUGGAAGGAGACCGAUUCGAUUGAAUGCCUUGCUCGCCUGAUAAUUCAGCUCGAAUACCUUUUCAGCGUCUUGCAUCUCCAGCGAGUUCGGUGCCAGACAAGCAGCGAGGCAAUCAAUGACCUAUUAGAUACCUGUCUCCAGGUACUGUCUAUCAUUAUAGAUCUCACAAAACAGUAUCAGGUGCAUGAAGUCGGCAAGCAAUUUCCUUGGGUUUUCUUAGUUUAUGGGAUUCCAGCCGCCGGGGUGAUUGUCACUGAGCUUCACCGGCAUACCCUGUCUAAUCAGCCUCUACCGUCCAACAAACCUCGAUCAGAAAUCAUCCGCACACUAAGCUUCUUGGUUUCAUGGGUUCGGGACACAACAAAGGAAUCACCUCCAUCUGUAACCAUGGGUGCAUGCUCAGAAUUGAAUAAUGUUAUUGUUCGACUUCUAGACGAUGUCCUUGAUUAUCAGCCGGAUUCCGGACAACAAACUCACGAACGUCUUGAGGCGCAACCGAUGGAUCAUGGGUUCGAGAAAUCCACAUUGAGUAUGGGCCAUGGACUACCAUCAGAGGCUUUAACUCUGGGAUUUGGUAGCGGGGAGUGUCUUAGUUGGUUGGAUGAUUUGGACCUGACCCUUACAUCCCCGGGGUUGUUGAUGUGA